CAUAUGGUACGCGCUGGUCGUGGCGAGCAUAGCUAUCUCCGUUGCGCGAGAGCACCCCGGCGAGCCUGUCACUCACUGCAUGAAAGUGGGUUUCCUGAUGGACGUUGUUUCGUAUCUCCACUACCUGCCCAUUCCUCACCAGAACCACAUCAAAGUCGUCUGCUACUUCAUACGUGUGCACCGACCUUUAAGGUUCAUCUGGAUGACGGACAGAGACACAAUAAACAGCAGCCUCAUCGUGACCACGUUCAAAUACAUCUACUACACGUUCCUCCUGCGGAUUUUGUGUUCCUACUUUUGGAUGUACCUCGUCGGCAUCAAGUUUAAGUUUGGUCGUCCCGAUUUACGAGUAGACGCCCAGCGUCGAGUGAUGCAGCUCAUCAGCUCUGCGCUCACCCAGAUUGACGAACACGACCAGCAGCCGGUGCAGUUCGAAAUGUUGUUUGCCAUGUACAUCGUUAACAAGAUUUUCAUACCUAUUGGACCUCCAGACUUAAUUCUAAACGAUAGCGAUCGCAUAGUGCUCCUGGUGGUGAUGGUGAUAGGCACCCUGAUGGUGACGGGAGCGGCGGUGGCCGCGCUGUCGUCCGUCAUCAGCGUGCACAUGCGCCCGGAGGAGAGCUUCCGCACCCGGUACAGGAUCAUCAUGAGGGAUCUGACGAGCUCCGGCAUCCCCGAAAGCCUCCGCAACAAGGUGGAGACAUUCUACAAGAUGUACUGGCACAAACAGCGAGCGGUCUCAGACUCUCAACUACUACCGAGCUUCCCACCUGUACUGCCCAGCAGCGUGUACACCGAUGUGUACUUCGAGGCCACACAGAAGAGCGGCCUUCUUCGCGACCUGUCCUACGAGUUCCUCUCCGAACUAGCCAGACACAUGGAGACCAUCUUCUACAUUCCUGGGGACUGCAUCAUCAAGCGGAACUCCCUAAAGGACUCCAUCAUCUACAUCACCUAUGGAGACAUUGAGGUUAUACGUACGGGACGUGAGGAAUGUACAGCCGGCGCAUCAGCUGGGGGCAGGGCUUCCCCUGAAUGUGACGGUCGCGGCGACAGCACUAUAGACUCGCUCGACGAGUCACCUGAGCCUGAAGUAGAGCAGCCUGGCUCCUCAUUCUCGCUUCCGAUGCGCGCGGGCACAUUCUGCGCGGCGCGUGUGCUGCGCGCGCGCGGGCUGUGGCGCGCCGCGCUGCGGCUGCGGGGCAGCGGGCAGGGGAGACUCAUGCUCAACGAAUUACGAGACCACAUGAACAAAGUGAAGAGGCAUUAUUAUUUCAUAAGAAGACCUGCACCUACACAAUAUAAAAGCAGCAUCCUGGAGUUCAAGAAGACCCUGAUGGCGCUGAAAGAGGCGCGCAAUGAGGACAGAGAACUGUUGCUAGCGCGGCCCGAUUAUCUGCUGGAGAUCGCUGGCUGCUAUCUUAUGAGAAACCGCGCAGACGCGACACUGACGGACGAUUCGGAUCCGAUCUGUCUCCGACAGACCUUCCCCUGCAUCCUGCAGCCCACGUCCUCGCUGCUCACCGCUUGGAACUGGUUUACGGCUUGUCUCAUCUUGACCGUGUGCUUCAUAUACCCGUACCACAUCAUCUUCAAGAAGACCCUUUCCUUAGAGUUCUGUUUCUUCGACAUCAUGGUGACGGCGAUCUACGUGCUGGACAUUAUCGCCUAUCUCUCGACGGGGACCAACGUUGAGGAAGGCGUUCCUAUAACAUUCAUGGAGACGGCCUCGAAGCAAGUGCGUUCCCCGUGGUUCCUAGUAGACGUGCUGGCUACGGUGCCCAUCUUCUCUUUCGUAGGGGAAGGAGAGUUACGUGGCAUUAACAGGAUCCUCAGGUUUCCAAAGGUAAUCCGCAUGAUCCGGACCUUGGAGGAGGAGUGCGUGGACCACACCAACCUCAUCCGCUUCUUCGUGUGCGCGCUGCUGCUAUUCUUCGCAUGCUACUGCCUUGCUUCAGUGCAGCAAUGCGUCCUCUGCUACGGAUACGGCUUCUGUCAAGUAGACAGCUUCACUCACGAGCCGUACUGGACUCAAGCUCCUCUGGACGAUGAUAACAAGAACAUCUUAAACCGCCUGUUCUUUAGCCUCUAUUGGGCCAUGUCGAUACUUACCUUUACAUGUCAUAUAGAGAUGUUGCAAGAAAACGCUGCGUUGAACAUGUACGCUACGAUUCUACUGGAGAUAUGCAUCGUGCUGAGUAUCAGUAUCGAGGCCGUGUACUCCGCCACCAUCAUGGUGACCACGGCUUUCAGAGAGAGCUUCGACUCGUGCAUCGCAGACGCGCGCAACUUCCUCAUCGGCCACCAGGUGCCGCUGCAGCUGCGGCAGCGCUUCCUCGAGCAUUUGCAGCUCUGCUGGGACACCAGGAAGGCGUACUCGAUGACGUCGAAACAGAGCUCUGUGUUCUAUGACCUGCCUCCACACGUGUACCAAGACAUCCUGGCCCGCCAGCGGAGCAAGUUCAUCCUCUGCAUACCGUUCAUGAAGCUACUAAAUAACGAAGACUUAAAGAAUGUGUCUUCCAACGCGCGCAUAUUCUACUGCGCGCCGAACGAGAUCCUGCUGAAUACUGGAGACAUCAGCACAGAGAUGUUUAUCAUCAAGAAGGGCUUCUGCGAGGUUUUAAAUCCCGAUACAAAAGAAGUGGUUGGCACGUUGAUCGCAAAAAGUCAUUUCGGAGUACUCGAAUGUUUAUUUCGUUUCCCAGCUUUCUAUACUGUACGGACGACGACCCACGUCCUAGUGUUCGCCAUCUGUAGGAAGUAUCUGUUGGAGGCGCUAGAGGUGCCUCAGAUAAAGGACGCCAUCAACUUUGCUAAAGAACAAGAAGAAUACAACCGGCUGCAGAUCCCUCGCGAGCCGUUCGUCGCUUACCAGCCGCCACCCCCCGUGCCCAACAGGGAGCGCUUCAAAUUGCGCAGGAAACACGAGAAGGACUCUGCCUUCCUCCAGCCAUUCAAAAAGUUUGGCUUCUUUUCUAUUUUAAGAAACGUGUUCCCUCGUUUCACGUUCCGCCCGGACAGCACCCUGCUCACUCGCUACGAGGUUUGUCGCUCGUUCUGCGCAGUCGCAGGCACGUUCAUCUUCCCGUGCUACACGUACAUGGUGCUGCAGUUCCCCGCGUUGUACUACGUGUCGCUUAUACUCGACCUAUCGGCCUAUGGCGACGUAAUAUUCCGCCUGUUCGUCGGCUUCUUUGACGAGAAAGGCAUCCUGGUGUACCAUCCGGCGAACACAGCCGCUCGUUAUCUUCGGGGCGCCUUCAUGUUGGAUCUGCUCGGCUGCCUACCUCUCGAAGAUCUGGAAGUGUCCAUGAAGUAUUCUUACGGCGACCUGUACCGAGUGACUGCUAUGAAGCAGGCCCUGAUGCUGAACAGGCUGCUCCAGCUGUACCGCCUGCCCGGGACCUUGGACAUGUUGACCAGCUUCGUGGAGCGUCGUGACAUUAUCCUAGUGUUCAAAACUAUCCCCAUCUUCCUAACGAUCCUGAAUGUUCUGACGGUUUGCCUAAUCUUCUCAUCAGUGAGGAUAUACCACUCGGAGGAUGCGACCCGGUGGGCCUUUGUGCCAUUAAACGACCCCGGGGGCUCCUGGAUACACCUGUAUAAUGACGCUUACCGCUUCAACGUGACGGAGACUCCUUACAACCUGCACCUGGGCUGCUACUUCUGGAUCGUGUAUGAGGCGACAACGACAGGAUAUAGCACCAUCGCGCCCUCAAACCUUAAUAUAAUGAGCGUGCUGUUCUGGAGUAUGGUGCUCGGUUCGCUAACAACGAUAUACAUGUCGGUGCGCAUCAUUAGUCUUCGGGCGAACGUGGAUAGCACGCUGGCGGCCUACCAGGAGCACAUGAGGGACUUGCUGCAGUUCAUGCGGCGGGAGAGUCUUGACAAGCAGUUGCAGAGAGAAAUCAUGGACCACUACGAAUUCAACUGGAUAAAAACUGAUGGUAUAGACGCGCGCAAUGUACUCAAGUUAUGCGAUCAGAUCACUCUACGGAGCGACGCUAUAAUGCACCUGUACGGACCUGCAUUCGCUAAGUGCCCGAUCCUCUCCGACUGCGACGUAUCCCUCCUCCGAGUCCUGGGCCGGGCAGUCCGUAGCAUCCACUUCCUCGAGGGCACCACCAUUUUCCAGGAGGACGACGUGACCCACCACCUGUACUUCGUGUACAGCGGCCAGCUGCAGCUGAGGACCACUGACGCGGCAGAAGGAGUUUGCAACGUCAUUAAACUUGAUGUUGGAAGGUUUAUUCGGAUGAUUACGUACUUGCAUGCCGGCAGCAUGGCAGGUAACCUGUCGGACGCGGUGUCGUGGCGCGUGCGCUCUCGUCUGGUGGCAGCCACAGACGUGCAGCUGCUCCGGAUGCGCUCUAAGGCGUUCCAUGAUAUCGUCCGGGACUGCUUCCCGGUGGUGCUGCAGCUUAUGGCGACGCAUCGACAAGAGAAUGAGUUAUGUAUCAAAGCAAGCGCUACUAGUGGAUUUCUGCGGACGUCAAUGCCCCGGGACACAAAAUUCAUCAAGUAUCUCGCCAUCACGAGCGGCAUAGUCCAGGUAUUUCUCAUAAUAACCUCCAUACUCUGCGUAUACACGGACCUGUACAACGCCGGUUUCCAGAACAACUCUGUACCGGUUUUGGCGUCGUUGUACACGCUAGACGUAUGCUUUCUGGUCAAGAUUGUGCUGUACUUAUCGAUGCCACGACUAGUGAAGCUGCCAACUGAGGAUGCCAAGAUGACGUACUUGAAGAGCACGGAGUUCAAAAUAGACGUGGCUUCAUUCGUGCCCAUCGAGUUAUUCUGUUUGUUGAAGGGCGAUCCCUGGCUCGUGCUGUCCUGCCUGCGUCUCAACAGGGUGCUGAGGCUUUCAACAGUCAACAAAUACCUGAAGCGCUACCAGAAGCGAGCCACAGAGAACCUGUUGUUCAGCACCUUGACUCUCGUCAUGUGGUUUACAAUUUUAAUCCACUGUUUGACUUGUCUAUGGUUCUUCAUUGGACUUAGCGUAGACAGCGCUGAACCGGGGCAGUCUUGGAAAUAUAACGAUUCCGGGGACCCGCUUUGCGACAACAAAUACAUCUGCAGCGUGUACUUCGUGCUGACAAGCUUCGCUCACAGCGGUAUUGCUGACAUUAUGCCCAAGAAGGAGAUAGAGGUGGUGUACGUGUCAGCUCUCCUGAUCAUCUCACAGCUGAUGUGCGUGGUGUACGUGGGGGAGUUCUCCAACAUCGUGCAUUACGCGUCUUUCCGCGCCUUCAGCUACUACGCCAAGUUUCUGGAGCUUCAGGACUUCCUAAAGAACAAUCGCGUAUCACCAGCACUGAUCACUCUGGUAAACAAGUACGCAGUGCUGCUAUGGCGGGAGGCGCGAGGGGAGCAAUUGCCUAAGUUUCUAGCCGACGCACCUCUUUGCCUCAAGUUAAAAGUCAUGUGUCAAGCCUAUAAAGAUGUUGGAGAUCAGCACCCAGUGUUCAAGAGCUGCGAGCCCGCUCUGCUCCGCCUCAUGGUCGGCUAUCUCCGUCAAUACUACUACGACGGAAAUAUGUACGUGGUGAAGCAGGGCGAGAUCACCAACUCGAUGUACCUCGUACAGUCCGGUGAGGUUCAGGAGAUCAGCGAGAACUAUGAUGAUUACGAGGACCAAGGCGUGAAACGAAGGAUCUUUACCACGGGAGAGUACUUUGGCAUUGAACAAGGACUCAUUCGUGACAAGCCAUAUGACUAUUCUUACCGAACUACGAGCAAGUCCCAAGUUCUGACACUACUCUUAGACGACUGGGAGUAUCUUUUACAGCACUUCCCAGACAGCAAGAAGCUGAUAGAUGACUAUCAGAGUAGUCAUCGUAGCAAGGACGAUGGACCCCCACCUCCACCUCCUGAAGCCAAUGGUACCCUAGGUACUCCGGGUGGCUCAGAAACGACCAUAGAGGAACAAUGGGGUCCAUCGGAUGGACCUUCAGGGGGUCCAGAUGUACCUCCAGGUGCGCCGCCGGAUAUGAAAUCGGGCGAACCAGAAGAUCCAACCAGCAAGACAGCCCCUCUGAUCGAAAUAAAACGCACCAUUUAUAAGUAUCCUGAGUCUAAAGAGCCCGAGCGUGAACCCGCUGUGCCUGAUGGUCUAGAAGGAACAUCAAAAGAUAAGUCUAAAAUGGUGAAACUAAAAGACAAAACAAAAGCGUCUUUAUUUUCACGAGACCCGUCGACUGAAGGUUCAAGCGAGAACAUUAAAUCGGCCCUUAAGGUUUCUGAUAAACCUAUGAGAACUGAAACGGCUGUUAAAUUUCGCGAGGAACCGCUUCCCGCUAGCAGCUCAACGCAACUCUUUGAACGUAUUCGAAACGCAGCAAAAGCCGUAGAUAAGAAGCUGGCGAGUCGAAGCAUGCGUGGCAAUGACGACACGCCAUCGCCAGAAUUAAUCAAAGAGUCAGAAGCUGUUGCAACACAUCACAGCGUCGAGGAAUACCUAGCUUACAAGUACAAGAUGCGUGAAUCGUAUCAAUACCGCCCCAAAAUGGAAGAUGAAGACCAAAUUGACUCUGACGUCGGAAUGAGCCCCAGUCGUCGGAUGCGGGAGAAAUACCCCAACCAAACACAAAGCUCGAUUCAUGAUGGUUCUGGUAGGGAGCACUUCGUGCAUUCACAGCUAGCAGAGUCUGAAUAUCGUGUCCAUUCGCCAGAAAGUCAAAGUGCACCCGUUUUGAAUCUUGAGAGACCUUUGGGUGAUUACACUCCUUCUAACGUUUCACUCAUUGGACUUCAUCCUACAGCGACUGCCUCUGAUGUAGACAUACAGCCAAGAAAAAGUCCGUCUACUGUAGCACGAAAGGACUCUCAAGCACCAAUGACUUCCAAACAAGCCAUGCAGCAAUCUGACAAAGCUGAACCCAAGAACGCAGACACUGAUCAAUAUGACGAUCGAGGAAGCAGAGAACCCAAGAAAAAACCGAAAGAUGAUCAUGUAACUAGGACGCCUUCAGCCACAGAACUUCUUGCGUUACCCGCUCCUUAUGACAACUUUAUGCAACAGCCAUCAUCAAUUCCUGAAGAAUUCCUUAACAUAGCAAAACCAGAGAUAUCUCAUGAUAAUGAUGCGGCUCGAACGGCCUCUGCGGAGGGUUCUGUCACUGUACCGAAACUGCUUGCGUUGCCGCCCGCGCCUUCAUCUGAAUUGCCUACGCCUGCGAAAGUUGCACUGCCUGAAAUUGCCCAACCUGCAGAAAUUGUUACUGAAUGUGAACCAUCUAUCACAUCAAUGGGCCUUUUACAAGAAGAAACUCCAACGCCCAUAGUGGCACCCCCAAAAGAUCAAGCAACUGACCUUGCUGCAUUGACAGAGACUAAAAUGCUACUCGACGCUGCAGCACCAAGCACCAAAAACACGCUAUCCGACGAGGCUUUAAAUAUCAAUGUUGACUCAGAAUCAGAGAGACAAAAGACAGAUGCUCACAAGUCAGAAGAUCAAAACAAGUCGGGUGAGAAAAAGACUGAUCAGGACAAAUCUACUGAUAAUAAUUAUAAGGAUCGCAUGGAUAAAAAAGAUUAACUCUUUCAACGCCUACCUAUAUCGUGCGCGGCGCCCCAAGUAGCACAGUAGCUGUAUAGCAGCCGAAUAAUGUCUGGGUACCGCGU